AUGCUAUUUGGCCAGCAGAAGGACUGGGAGGCUUUCCAGUCAUUUGCUUUCAGUGUCGAGUCGGGAGACACGCUCCUCAUCGAUGAUGCUUCAAUCAUGACUCCCAAGUUCGCCCAAAGCGCAGCGGAGACUAGUGGUGUCCGUCAAAUCUGUUGCGCUGUGGGUGCGCUUGGGAGGUCCUUCCAGUCGAUGACCCUGGAAGAUUACAUCAGUGAGGAGUACCAGGCGGCCUUGGAGCAUUAUGGUCGCGGGGUCCGCGCAAUAUACCGACUGAAGUCUUCGAAGACCACCUUGCCCAGCGCCAUUCUAGCGUCGAUGCUUUUCACGACUUUCGAGUUCAUGGCUGGCAGCACAGUCAACGCCGCCAAACACCACAACCACGCUGUUGCCAUGAUGUACCAAUAUGUUGAUUUGUUGAUCGAGGAGCAGGGUCUUCCCCUUGAGGAGCUUAGACUCUCGGAUAUGGACAAGGCCAUCAUGAGCAAAAUUCCCGACCGCUUCAACAGCACUCAGCAGGCUUUUACCUGGUGGAACUUCGUGCAACACAUGAUGGCCCAUUCGCUCCACCCUCUCAAGAUUUCCGGGGACGGGGUCCGACGAGUCAGCGAGGCUACGAAGGCUGCUGCGUACAACGAAUGCGACGACUUCCUUCACUCGUGGCGCACCGCUUUCACGCCGCUUUUGCAACACGCCAAAGAACACAGAAUCACCCAUGGCUCCCGAUGGUCGCGGGCGAUGAUUCUUGAGACCAUGUAUCUCGAGACCAUCUCAGAGCUGCACGCCCGCCACAAGACACACGCAAACAUGCUGCCGGCGGUGAAGCCACUUUACCUAGAUCUCAUCCGCAGCAUGAUGCAGCUUGCCCGGGAGAAGCCCCUCAACGGCCCCGCCACGAUUGGGCUUGAGAACUCCAUCAUCCGCCCCAUAGGCUUUGCACUGGUUAGAUGUCAAGACCCGGAAGUUGUGCAAGAGGCAACGACUGCUUUGGAAGCUAUCGUAGGCGGUGUGAACAUGUCCUGGACAAUUUACAGCGCCGGUGGAACCAUCCUGUCAGCCUCAAACUACAGUCGUCUUGACAACAUCGCCUACGGCUCGGGCAAUCCUCCCACCCCCGAGGAUCUGAUUGGCAAUAUCACCGAGGUCCUCGACGUCGCCCAGCUUGCGAUUGUGAGGUUCCCAGCAUCAGGCGGAAGCGCGGGCCUCAAUUCUUCGCUGUACUUGAACAUCAGCCAAUACGCCAACAAACAGCUCUGUUCUGAGGGGAGCGAUAUCGCUGGUGCCAUCAUGUUCCACGGGACGAACACAUUAGAGGAGACAGUGGGUUGA